CGCACCCAGCAGCACACUCACCUACCUCCCAACACUCCCUCCCCAUCCUCCCUUCCAUCAAUCAACAAUGGAGGCCAUGCUAUCCCAGGCCAAGCAGCUCUGCCCCUUCAUCAAGAGGUCCUCGACAGCCACCCUUCGCCAGCUCAGCACCGGUCGCCGCAAUGGACAGUCUUUGCUGACCAGGGCCGGCUACAACUGCCCCAUCAUGCGAAAGGCCCUUGUCAAGCAGCAGCGACACUACGUGGCGCCUACUAAGCCCGUGCACGCCCGCGUACCCACCCUCGACCAGGUCCAUUUGCGUGCAGGCGUCGUGGACACCAGCAAAGGCUCCGAACUCUGCCCCCAUGCCCAAGCCGCCAUGGCAGCAAGCCGUGGUGAGCACAAGACAGAGCUGUCGCCAGCUUUUCCUUACGAGGGCUUCUACGGCGACAUUCUCCAGAAGAAAAAAGACGACAAGUCUUACCGCAUCUUCAACAAUGUCAACCGACUUGCAAAGGAGUUUCCAUUGGCACACCCGCGGGACCCGACCAAGCGCAUCAACGUGUGGUGCUCGAACGAUUAUCUCGGAAUGGGCAAGCACAAGGAAGUGGUCAAAUCGAUGCACGACUCGAUUGACACAUACGGCGCCGGUGCCGGCGGUACCCGUAACAUCGCUGGCCACAACAUGUCCGCCGAGCGGCUCGAACGUUCGUUGGCUCAACUGCACCACAAGGAAGCAGCCCUUGUCUUUUCUUCUUGUUUUGUGGCCAACGACGCUUGCUUGUCGACGCUCGGUUCCAAGUUGCCAAACUGUGUCAUUUUCUCCGACGAGUCGAACCAUGCCUCGAUGAUCCAGGGCAUCCGAAACUCGAGAGCUGAAAAGAUCCUAUUCAAGCACAACGAUAUCCAAGACCUCGAGCGUAAGUUGCAGUCAGUCGACCCGUCUCGCCCCAAAAUCAUUGCAUUCGAAUCUGUCUACUCCAUGCACGGAGAUGUUGGGCCCAUUUCUCAGAUUUGCGACUUGGCGGAGAAGUACGGCGCGAUCACCUUCUUGGACGAGGUCCACGCUGUCGGCAUGUACGGCAAGCACGGUGGCGGCGUGGCAGAAGAGACUGCCGGCCUCAUGGAACGCGUUGAUAUCAUCACAGGUACCCUUGCAAAAGCUUACGGCUGUGUUGGAGGCUACAUCGCGGCUUCUGCUAAAUGCGUUGACACCGUCCGCUCGCUGGCCCCUGGCUUCAUCUUCACCACUUCUCUUCCACCCCACCUCAUGACUGGUGCAUUGACAGCUGUCGAGCAUCUCAAGCAAUCUCAGUACGAGCGUGCCGCACAGCGUCUCGCUGUCUCACGCACGAAAGCUGCAUUGACCUCGAUUGGCAUUCCCAUCUUGGCCAAUAACACCCACAUUCUUCCCGUCAUGGUCGGUUCUGCUGAAAAGGCAAAGCUGGCUAGUGACGAGCUUUUCACCAAACACAACAUCUACGUUCAGUCCAUCAACUACCCAACCGUCCCCGUUGGCACUGAGCGUCUCCGCAUCACGCCCGGCCCUGCUCACUCACCCAUCAUGAUUGAGCAGCUCAAGGAGGCCAUCGACUCCAUCUGGACUGAGCACAACUUGCCUCGUAUUGAUGCUUGGUCUGCUCGUGGUGUCAACGUUGGUCUGGGAGUUAAGAUGGACUCCGUGACAAACGAGCGUGGCUUUGUAGGCGCUAUGCAUCAGGCACCCGUGAUUGAUGUGGCUCACCAGCCGCUCAUCUCUGCCUCUGCUUGAUUAUAGUUGACAGAUAGUUUGUAAGGUUUUGUGGAUGGAAAAUGCUCCAGC